AUGGUGAGAGGGGUUAAUCAAGGUACAGGCAAAUUACUGCCAUUUCUGGGGAUGUCGGUGGCUAUGCUAACUCAAAGUGGCAGCAUGGUGGUAAUCAAAUUUGCCAUGAGUGAUGGUGUCAACAAAUAUGUCAUGGUUGUCUACUCUAUGGCAUUCUCCUCCUUCUUGCUUCUUCCCUUUGCCUUGUUUCUCCACAGGUCACAAGUUCCUCCUCUCACAUUCUCUGCUCUUGGCAGCUUCUUUUUGCUUGCAAUCUUUGUGAGUUCAGCACAGAUAACGUCUUAUUUUGGCAUAGAACUAAGCUCUCCUACUCUUGCAUCAGCAAUACUCAACCUUGUUCCAGCUUUCACUUUUGUGCUUGCUCUCAUUUUCAGGAUGGAAAAAGUACAUUGGAGGCAUUCUAGUAGUCAAGCCAAAGUGUUAGGAACGAUAGUAUCAAUUUGUGGAGCAUUUGUUGUGAUACUAUACAAGGGUCCUCUCAUCCUUAGGACUCAUGCCUCCAAAAUCUCUAUGAAACUUCAAUUUUCAGCACAAGCAAACUGGAUCUUAGGAGGGAUAUGCUGCGUUGCAGAUUCUUUCUUUACUUCUUCGUGGUACAUAUAUCAGGCGUGGAUAGCAAAGAAAUACCCUGCUGUAACAGUGAUAUUAUUCUUCCAAUUCUUGUUUUCAACCAUCCAGUGUGGAGUAUUUGCCUUGAUUUCUGUGAGAGAUCCAACUGAAUGGGAGCUCAACUUCGGUACAGGGUUGAUUGUGAUUUUAUACCAGGCAAUAGUUGCGACCAUGCUACGUUACAUCCUAUGCACAUGGUGCGUCCAUAGAGCAGGACCUCUGUUUUGUGCCAUGUUCAAGCCUGUGGGAAUCAUCUUCACAGUUGUCAUGAGUGCAACCUUUCUCGGGGACAGUUUCGGCCUUGGAAGUUUGAUUGGUGCUGUCAUAAUCGUGGUUGGAUUUUAUGCUGUACUGUGGGGAAAAUCCAGAGAGGAGAACAAUACUGAGAAAAGGGUUGAGAACUUGGAGUCAUCGUGCCAUAAUGUUCCUUUGUUACAAAAUAGGGCAUAA